AUGGGUCUUCACCGGUUCGGUGGCAGUGGCAUCUUUGUAAGGAUCUUCCUUAUGAAUCUGGUCUUCUCCCCAGAGGGGCUGCUCAGUCGACUGGUAGAACAAGGUCCCAUGCCUCCCGGCCAACUAGGAUGGGACAGUUUUCAGGGCCUUUGGACGACUAAGUCAGCUCGGCUUCUCUUUCUGAAUCAGAUUCACUUCCGACGUGGAGCACACUUGACCCUGCGUCACUUGAUGUAUCAUCGAGGAAGAAAAACCUCUUCUGAUUCUGCGUUGCUUGCUGCAUCGAGAAUAGCUUUUCCUUCUGAACCUUCGUCAUUCUUUGAAGAGGGAAUUGCUGAUGAUUCCGGCCGGCUCUGUAGUUUCGAGGCUGGCUUAGAUCUUUCUGCCGUUUUGGGGAACAUCUUGGCCUUCACUUCUGCUUUGGUUGGCUCCCUUUGA